AUGAUUACUGAUGUCAAUAUGUCUGAAAUGGAUGGAUUUCAGCUACUAGAGAUCGUUCAGAAUGAAAUAAACUUGCCUGUAAUCAUGAUAUCUGUUGAUUCUGAAUUCGAAGGAGUCCUGAAAGCUAUUAACUAUGGGGCAGUUGACUAUCUCGUUAAGCCUGUGCGCCUGGAAGAACUAAAACUUAUCUGGAGGCAUGCAGUUAAAAGAUAUCUUAAUGAAAAAAAGGAUGCUAAUGAAAUAAGAUCUAAAGAUGUCCAGAUUUCAGAACUCGUCAAAAAAUCUAAAUAUCGUGUAAGAGAAAGAAAUGAUGAUGCUAACAAUGAUUCUGAAGAUGGCUUACCCUCACAAAAGAGAGCUCGAUUUACUUGGACGUCCGAGCUCCAUGCUAGAUUUAUCGAUGUCGUUAACCAACUUGGUGUAAAAAAGGCAGUCCCUAGAAAAAUAUUUGAUAUGAUGACAACUCCGGAACUUACUAGAGAAAUCGUUGCCAACCAUUUACAG